UUGCAGCAUGACUCACAGUCUGCUCGUACUGAACGUUUCAACACGCAUAGUACUGUUUGUCUUUACUUGUCUCCAUCUGUAUAUUGUACUGAUUUAUAAUCCCACUAUCCGGUGUCACCCAGAAGACGAUGGCUUCCUCAUGCAUGAAAUUAUUUCUUAACAGGAUCGUGGAGUGAAGGAAGAUGAACUACAGAGCAUACAGAACUAUUUGCUGACUAUGAAUGAGGACGAGAACCUCCAUGACGUGCUGCAGCUGCUUGUGGCUCUGAUGUCAGAACAUCCCGCGUCUAUGAUCCCAGCCUUCGACCAGAGGAACGGCAUUCGAGUGGUCUACAAGCUGCUGGCAUCUAAGAGUGAGAGCAUUCGCGUGCAGGCGCUGAAGGUGUUGGGCUACUUCCUCAAGCACCUCGGUCACAAGAGAAAGGUGGAAAUCAUGCACACGCACAGUCUUUUUACACUUCUGGGAGAGAGACUCAUGCUGCACACCAGCACGGUGUCAGUAACGACCUAUAACACACUGUAUGAGAUCCUGACCGAGCAGGUGUGUACACAGGUUGUUCACAAACCGCACCCCGAACCCGACUCUAGUGUGAAGAUCCAGAACCCGAUGAUCCUGAAGGUGGUGGCCACGCUGCUGAAGAACUCGACACCCAGUGCUGAGCUGAUGGAGGUGCGCCGUCUCUUCCUCUCCGACAUGAUCAAACUGUUCAGCAACAGCCGAGAGAACAGACGGUGAGGUUCAGCUCCUUCCUCCCCUGCCACCAACAGCAACAAUUAGCCACCUGAUGAAUGGAGAAAAGAAAUGGAGAGAGUUCUCCCUUGAUGUUCUAUAUUUAAUCUCUUCCCCCAACCCCAUCCCCAUUGAUGUUAAAUCAUCCUUGAAUUUGCAGCAUGUUUUCUUUUAA